AUGUGGGCUGACACUGAAGACUAUCGCCCGCUUGAUGUACUUUUUAAGUUUGAUGCAUGCUGCACAGAAGAUGUGUACUGGGAUGAUCUUCCUGACCACAGAUCUGGAGAUGUAUGUCGGAAGCGUUGGGAUCAAAUGGUUCUACACAUUGGCCACCAAGGGAACAAAUCAUUUGCUGAACAAGUUGAUAUUCUAGCAAAGCGAUAUUGGAUUGAGAUAUCAGACCUCAUGUCUGAUCAGGAAAAACUCAGAAUUUUGAUGGUGUCUGAUUUUUUUUAUCCCAACUUUGGUGGUGUGGAGAAUCACAUUUAUUACCUAUCGCAAUGCUUACUUAAGCUAGGACACAAGGUCGUGGUCAUGACUCAUGCUUAUGAAAACCGUUCUGGGGUGAGGUACAUGACUGGUGGCCUGAAAGUUUACUAUAUACCGUGGAAACCAUUUCUUAUGCAGAACACAUUGCCCACUUUUUAUGGGACACUUCCAAUUGUAAGGACAAUUCUUGUUCGGGAAAAGAUAUCUUUGGUGCAUGGACAUCAAGCCUUCUCAACUCUUUGUCAUGAGGCUCUGAUGCAUGCACGCACUAUGGGAUACAGAGUUGUAUUUACUGAUCAUUCACUUUAUGGUUUUGCUGAUGUGGGGAGCAUUCACAUGAACAAGGUAUUGCAAUUCACUCUAGCAGAUGUUAGCCAGGCCAUUUGUGUUUCUCAUACAAGUAAAGAGAACACAGUUCUAAGGUCAGGACUGCCACCAGAAAAGGUUUUUGUUAUACCAAAUGCUGUCGACACAGCGAUGUUCAAGCCUGCUCCAGAGCGACUCAGCAGUGAUGAAAUUGUUAUAGUUGUGAUAAGUAGAUUGGUUUAUCGGAAGGGUGCAGAUCUGCUUGUUGAAGUUAUACCUGAAGUAUGUCGCCUGUAUCAAAAUGUGAGUCUUUUGGACCAUUUUAGUGUUUAUCUAAGUUUUCAUUCAGGGGUCCUAUUUUUGAGCCUUCCAUGUUUGGCAACUUUUGGGGUUGAUGAUGCCAUGUGA